CAUUUUUAUCAAACUUUUUUUGAGCAAAGAGUUUAUCGUUGAAAUUUUAUCCGAUCGAGAAGAAUGAAAAUAUAAGAAAAAAACGAUAAAAUGCAAGAAGAUAAGUCGCAAGAACGUAAAUUUGAAUUUCGAAAUAAAGAAAAUCAAAAAGCGGAGAAAGGAGGAAGCGAUGAAGAAAUACAUGAAGAGUAUAUCUACGAUUCAAGUGAAUAUAUAUCCGGAGCAAAACGCGUGCAAAACGGAACAGUACCCAUAAAUAUUUUAGAGUUUCAUCAUUCAUUUUCAUACGACUGUCAGAAAUACUUUAAUCUUUGUGUAGCAGAACCAAACAUUAUUAUUUUUAUUUCUGGUAACAUACUACAUUUUUGGAAUAUUUCGACAAAUAAACUAUGGUUUAGAAGAGGAUAUACUGGCAAUGGAAUUGGACACAUAACGAAAAAUCCUGUAUUUAAUCAUAUUGCUGUUGGUGAAAAUGGUACUAAACCUCCAAUAAUAAUCUACAAGUGGCCUUCAAUGGAUAUUGUGACAAUUUUAUAUAAUGGCACAUUGAAAUCUUAUUCCCAUUUAACUUACAGCACAGAUGGUUUAUUAUUAGUAUCACAAGGGGGGCAUCCAGAUUACACAAUUACUCUUUGGGAUUGGCAAAAGUCUAAAAUUGCAUUGAAAUGCAAAUCUUAUAAUCGAGAUGUUUAUAAUAUUACAAUGUCUUCAUUGCUACCUGGAUAUUUCGUGACCAGUGGUUUGGGACAUAUAAAAUUUUGGAAAAUCUCUGAAACAUUUACUGGACUUAAAUUGAAAGGCGAAAUUGGUAGAUUUGGUCAGACAGAGAUAUCUGAUAUUAUUGGUGUAUAUAUCAUGCCAGAUGGAAAAGUUGUGUCAGGUUGUGAAUGGGGAAACAUCUUACUGUGGGAAGAAGGUUUAAUUACUCUUGAAAUAUGUAAGAAAAAUCGGCAGCCAUGUCACACUAAAGCAAUUACACAAUUUGAAUAUAUAAAUGGAGAGCUUAUAUCAAUCGGUAUGGAUGGAUGGAUUAGAAUUUGGUUUUAUGAAACGAUAGAUCAAGCUGACUAUCAUACUGGAGAAAGGUUUCUAGAAAUUCAACCUAUCUAUGAAUACUGUAUCAAUGAAGGUGAUGAAGUAAUGAAUUCGAUGCUUAUGUGCAUACGAAAACAAGAACCAGACAAUCCAGAAAGUAUGUUCUGGUAUGCUCAGGAUGGAAAUGGUGGGAUUUGGUUAAUAGAUUUACAUACCUCAAAAGCAGAAUUACCACAAAAAAUAUUUACAUGUCACGCGGGAGUUAUAGCCGAUAUGGAUUGUGCUACAUGGGGUCCCUUUAUAGUUACAUUGGGCAAAGCUGGACAGAUGCAUAUUUAUAAUUAUAUAGAAAAAAGAUUAAUUUUGGCGCAUAAUUUUAAUGAUAUUGGCAGUCAAAUCAUCUGGUUUCCAUGCCAGAUUGAGGCAACAGGAUCGACACUCGCAUGUGCUUUUAAGAGUGGUGUUAUCCGUAUAAUUACUGUAGCUGUAUCAGCGGCAAAUGCCGUUAACAAUAUACAUGGAGACUAUAUUAGACUGAUUCAAAUUGUAAAACCGCACAAAAUGGCAAUAACUGUAAUGUCUCUAAAUCCAUCGUGCAGCUUACUGAUAACUGGUAGUGAAGAUUCAACUGUAUUUAACUUUACCAUUAUAGUAACUAAUACUUAUCCUGUCAUUAUGCCAAUUGGUUUCAUAAAAGUACCUUCGGGAGUCACAUGUCUUGCAUGGAAACCACAAUGUGAAAUGACAGUAUUAAUUGGAUGCUCACAAGGAGAUUGCAUAGAAGUUACAUUACCAAGCACACCUCAAUUAUACACCAUUGCUUCUUACGAACUCGUUCAAUGUGGAUCAAAAGUAUUUAAAUUUCAUUCUGUGAAAUCUGCUAUUCGAAAUGAAUUAAUACGUUUAAAUCGAGAAAAAAAAGAGAAGGAAAAAAUAGCGAAGAAGCGUGAAGAAAUAGCGCAAUUAAUCGUUGAAGAUCCCGAAAUGAAAAUUAACGAGGAAGCAUUACUCAUAAACAUGGAAGAGGAAGAACCAUUGCCAGAAAUAUAUAUACCUAAAGUACCAAACAAGAUAUUGAUAGCACAAUAUAUUAAUCAAUACGUUAUUUGGUUGUUAAUGGCAGGAUUUGACGCAGGAUAUAUAUAUGAAUAUCCAAGUCCGGAAAUUAAUGAAACUAGUCUGGAAAAACCUAUUAAGAGCACCAUGAUACAUGAUGCAGAUGAUAUAGAAAUACGAAGCUGUCUAUUUUACAAGAAAAAGUACUUAUUUUUGGGAAUGGAACACGGACAAAUACGGGUCUGCAAAUUGAAACCUGAAAACUAUGCAGAUCUAUCAGAUUAUUGGAUACUUUCAAUGCAUGAUAAUUUUAAUGGUUGUAUCCCAAAAAUUAUUCUUAGUCAUAAUCAGACAAUGUUAUUUACAUGUGGAUAUGAUGGAAAUUUAUUUUCUUAUGAAAUAAAUGAUGAUACACCAUCUGAAGCUAUCGAAUUUGAAAUAAUUAAAGGAAUCUUAUCCUUGCCUUACAUUAGCAUUGAAGAUAUCGAAGAAAUCGAUCAUGCGAGCUUAGAAGAGAUGAUUCAACAGACUGAGCGUGAGAGAGUUGCCACUCUGGCAAAGCAGAGUAAACAUCAUACUUUGCAGAUAUUAUCUAAAUUGAGCGAAGAAUAUAGCAAUAUUAUGGAAAGGAAUAAUGCUCUACCCAAGUCUCAUCGGAUAACUUCUGAAGAAUUGGAAUUGGAUCUUAGAAUUACAGCUGAUUUAAGCAAAGAAUUGGAAACAGAAAUGAUUAUAAUUCGAGAAAAAUUGGCUUUUAAAGUAGAAAAAAGUAAACUUAGAUUACAAAAGCUUUUGAAACAUUUUAUUCAGCCUAUCGCACAUUUACCGUUUGCUAUCUGCAAAAUGUCGAAGCCAGAUAAUGUAGUAUAUUCUCUGCGUCAACACACUUUGAAUAUUGAUGUCAUUUUACCACAUAUUGAUACAAUAAAACAUGUGCAUGCAUAUAGGACACCAUACAUUGAUGCAGAAACAAAUGAAAAUAGCACAAUGAGCGAAAAAAUGCAACAUUAUGAGGGAAAUGGAGGCAAAAUGGAAAAUGAAAUAAGUACAAAGCAAGAGCAGUCGGUUGCAGUUUUCUUAAAAGGCAUAGAUUAUAAAGACACAGAUAGUAGCCUGGGUAUUCAAUUAAAUCAAAUGUUGAAUAAAUAUAACUUAAGAAAGACUAGACUAGAACAACGCGAGAAAGAAUGGAAAAUUAUAUAUAAUGAAAAACCGGAUAAAUCUAUUAAUCACAUGCACGAUAUAUUCGCUAUAGAAGAAGCAAGAAAAACUAUUGGCGAUUACAAAUUAAAAACAUCGUCAACUUUUAAUUUAUUGUCGGAAGAGCGAGAUACUCUCUUCUCGAAAUAUAAACAAUUACUGAAUUGUCAGAAGAAGCUUUAUUAUCUACAAGAAGCUUUCAAUGCGAAAUUGAAAGAUGUAAGAACAGAGAAAGAACAUUUGCUUGUGGAAAUUGCAUACUUAAAAAAAUCUCUUAAACAUAUUCAUGCUGAAAUACCAUCGAAAAGCAUAAAAUCUUUGCCAGAUAUUCCUACGUUAAAUGUAAAUGUAGAAUUUCCCGAGAGAAAAGUGACGAUUGAAAAAUAUGCAGAAUUAAAAGCAGAUAGAACACAACGACGGCUAUCGGUUCUUCCUGAACAGAUACGCGCUUGUUCGGAUGAGGAAUACGAAGUGUUACUUUUAGAUGAAAAAUUUAUAGAACAAGCAAAAAUCUCUAGCGAGCCAUUAGCAUUAUUUUCUGUUUCCGAAAGAAAAUUAAAAAUCCAAUCUGCUGCUCGAGAUAUGAUGUCGCUUCGCUUAAACGAUGACAUUGAUAGCCUAUGGGAACGAGAAAUGAAAACUUCUCGUAUAUUAUACAAAAUAUACAAACAAGAUUGCAUAUUGAGAUACGCAGCAACGAGUUGCGAAAAUUUAGACAAAAAAUUGAAUAAAUUAGAACAUGACAGAUUGGAUAUUGUUGCCGAGAGUAUCAAUAUCAAUUUAUUUUUAUUAACACUUCGUCAAGAAUACAUUAUUUUAAGAGAGUGCGAGACAAAAGAAAGUAUAUUGCAUGAUCAAGUUAACUGUAAACUGGAAGAAAUUGCAACGAUAAGGCAAAAAAUCCAAAUAAUCACUGACAAAAUUGAUGUUAAAAUUAAGGAAAUUGCAAAUUUACGUAACCAGAUAAAAAAUAUAUUUCUCGAAUAUAUGAAUAAGAUAAACGAUAACAAGUUCCGUAAUUUUCUGCAUAGAAUAUUUAAAAAGAAGUACAAAGAAUCAAAAGGAGAGGAAGAGAUUACCACGACAACGACUGAAACGAAUUCGGAUGACACGAAUAGUAUCGACACUAGGGAAUCUGAAUUAGUUUAUUUCGAUGAAAACAUAUGUCCUCCAGGAUGUGACAAAAAAUUAUACGACUUGGCAUUUUCGAUGAGAGAGAAACGAUACUUUUGCGAACAUCAAAUCAAAGAUGCACAACAAAUUGUGGAAACCCUUCAUAAAGAAAUUCAAAUUGAGACAAAAAAAUUAAAAAUUAUAGAGAGUAAUUUGAAGAAAAAUGAAGACGAGUUAAACAUGUUUAUGCUCGAGAAACAAAAAAAAUUGAACAAUGUGGAUGUUACGAUAAUAAUGAAAUUGCAUCAGUUGCAAUAUUUUGAAAAAUCCGAGCUUUCAUUCAAAUUGCACGAUUGCGUUCUAUUCGAUAAAAAUAGAUUGUCUAAAUUAUAUGCGAGAAUACAAGAGUUGCACAAGGAAACACUUGAAUUGCACGUCAAACACAAACACGCUCGAAUGCACCUCCAGAGAAUACAGCUCGAUUGUAAUCAUAUGCGUGUUAAUAAUAACAAUUUGAAAAAUGAAAUAAAGUUAAAGAUAAUAAAUAAAUUCGGUCAGAAUGUAUCGUUAAAUAAAUUAUAUGAAACAAUAAUACGUCGGAUGGUGUAUGAUAUUAAAGCCAACUUGAAUGAAACAACAAUGUAUUUUACUAAACGAAUCAAGCAUGAAAAAGAAAGCUAUGCAGAAGAAUUAGUUAUACUUAAUAAGCUGAUUCGGGAACAUACGCAAAAGUUGAGCUUUCUAACAAUUUUAGUGGAAGAACAAUCAAAGCUUCAAAAGCUAUCAAAACGACACAUCAUGUCGGAUGAAGAAAUGCUGCAAUUGGAAGAGAAAUAUAAAAGUGAUAUAGUCAAAUUGGAAAGAAUUCUUGAAAAUCAAACGAGGCAGAAAUAUAUAUUUCAAAAUGAUAUUAAAAAUCUUAAAUUAAAAAUAAAAUCGCAAGUUAAUUUGGUUGAAGGAAAUGAUGUCCAGAAAUAAA